ACUAAAUAAUGUAUCGCUAUUUAGAGAUAAAUAUUUUAAUAACGAUAUUAUUAUCAGGUGUUUGUUAUUUAAUUUGUACCGGUAAUCCAAUUUAUAGUGAGACUUUUGGUGAUUACAGAGAUUAUAAAGAAGAGUAUGAUUUGAUUUUGAAGAGAAAAAACAGAAAUCUCUUUAAUCCUAUCAUUGAUUCGCCGGAAAUCACUGUUUGGGAUAUUUUUAUGCCAUUUAUUGUAACAUUUUGGUUAAUAUUUACCGUAAUUGGCAUUUGUUUUCUUAUAUGUCUUGUAUUAUGUAUCAUCUCUUUCAUAGAUUUUAACAGAUUAUUCCAACUUAUGGAGUACAGUCCAUGUCAUGGCUAUAAACUAUUGUGGAAUCGUUUGGAUCGACUCAAACUAACGGGAGUUUAUUGCAAAGAGGACGGCACUGUUGAACGGUAUGAACCAAUACAGGAUGAACGGGCUCUCUAUCAGGAUAUUGUCAAUAGAUUUCAAACAGCAAUUUAA